UUCCGCCCCUGCCGCCCCGCCCAUCACGGCAGGGUCACGGUAGUGCGCACGCGCAGCACCUCAUUCAACUUUCUCCUGUUCGCAGUGGCUCGGCUUAGAUUCGAUACCGCCUUGAAGGCGGGCUGGGUCCCAGCAGUAGCCAAUGGAGCCCCGGGUGAGGGUUGAAGGGUGGAAGGUGCCUAGUAGCCGGUGGUGUAGGUUUUUCCCAGCGCUUGUGCUGGGGUACCUGGUCGUCAUGGAGGCGGUCUUAACUGAAGAGCUUGAUGAGGAAGAGCAGCUGGUGAGAAGGCAUCGCAAAGAGAAGAAGGAGUUGCAGGCCAAAAUUCAGGGUAUGAAGAAUGCUGUUCCCAAGAAUGACAAGAAGAGGAGGAAGCAACUCACUGAAGAUGUGGCUAAAUUGGAAAAAGAAAUGGAACAGAAGCAUAGAGAAGAACUGGAGCAAUUGAAGCUGACUAUUAAGGAGAAUAAGAUAGAUUCUGUUGCUGUUAACAUUUCAAACUUGGUACUUGAGAAUCAGCCACCUCGGAUAUCAAAAGCACAAAAGAGACGGGAAAAGAAAGCUGCAUUGGAAAAGGAGCGAGAAGAACGGAUAGCUGAAGCUGAAAUUGAAAACUUAACAGGAGCCAGACAUGUGGAAAGUGAAAAACUUGCUCAGAUAUUGGCAGCUAGACAGUUAGAAAUUAAACAGAUUCCAUCUGAUGGCCACUGUAUGUAUAGAGCCGUUGAAGAUCAACUGAAAGAAAAGAAUUGUGCUCUGACUGUGGUUGCCUUAAGAAGUCAGACCGCUGAGUAUAUGCAAAGCCAUGUGGAUGACUUUCUGCCAUUUUUAACAAACCCUAAUACAGGAGAUAUGUAUACUCCAGAAGAGUUUCAGAAGUACUGCUAUGAUAUUGUAAACACAGCUGCAUGGGGAGGUCAGCUUGAGCUUAGAGCUCUGUCUCACAUUUUACAAACACCAAUAGAGAUAAUACAGGCAGAUUCUCCUCCCAUUAUAGUUGGUGAAGAAUAUUCACAAAAACCACUAAUACUUGUAUAUAUGAGACAUGCAUAUGGCUUAGGAGAACAUUAUAAUUCUGUUACACGGUUGGUAAACAUAGCUACUGAAAAUUGCAGCUAAUUUAUCCAACGUUGUACAAUUAUGUUUUAAUACGGUGUGCUGAACUGAGUAUUUCUACCAAGUGUUGGGUUAUUCUAAUGCUACUGAAAAACACAACUACCUUAAAUCAGUUUUAUGGCAAACUACUAACAGAUGUUUUUAGAAAUAUGUCACAUAUAAACUUUAAUCAGUGUCUUCUUAGUGGAAUUUUUAAAACUUGUAAGUCCAUUGUGGAGAACAUCAUUCAUAGACCAAGAUGGUACUAUUUGCUGAUACUUUCAUUUAUAUAGGAUCCUGGACAUUCUGUUCUGUGUUCAAACAAAUUUUCAACGUUUGUAAUUCUCCCUUUUCUCCCUGUUACUAAAAACUUUCAAAAUAAUCAUUUCAAUGUAAUUCGUCUUGAAAAAGUUUACCCAAUAUCUUUGUCAUUGCAGUAAUGUAGUAUGGUGAUGGCCAAUUUAAUUAACGCCUAUAAAAUGAACUUGAUUGUUGUAACCAUGGUAUUGAUGAGAUUAAUGCAGCAAAGCUUUGUUAUUAAUAUAUAUAGAAUUAUCAAAGCAUAGCUAAGAGGCUGGCUUUGAUAAUUAAGAAUUUAAAAAUAUUUAUUUAGAUGGGAUUCAGUUGUCUAAAGAAGUGAGACAAAUUUAAAGGUAAAUAGAUAUUCUCUGUCAAAUUUAAACCUCUAAAGAGUUAGAGAUUAGUUUUUAUUUGUGUAUAACUUAAAAAAGACCUAAUAGAUUACUAUCUUUUUAAUACAUAUAUUAUUCUUUGGUGUUUUUUUAAGCAUCAUACUGGAGUUAGUACCAUCAUCUCUUCAUUUCUUUCAUAACUACACAUUUUUAUAUUUCCUUUUGUGUUUUCUACUUUGCUUUCCUUGAAGGAACAAGUAUUUUAUGGCCUUUACCUUGUACAAUUUUAGGGAGUAGCAGUGUAAAAGGUCUAAGGCCACAUUUACUUGAAAUUCUUCCUCUUUUCUAAUUUGUCGUAUGAGAUAUCUCCCUUUUUACUUCAUUCUCUAGGAUUUGAAGAUAACUUUUGUCACUUGUUAUUUUUAUUUGCCUUAUUAAUGUCACCUUUCCUUCAACUCAAAUAUUUGAGAAUUUUUAUGUUACAUGUACAAACAAAGUUGAAAGCCACUGUUUGGGAGCCAAGACUUAUGUACGAUUGUUUUCUAUGUGAAUGGUUUAUCUAGAUUUCAGAAAUCUGGUUUAGUCCAGAUUUCAGGUUACUCACAGCAGUAUUCUUUCUAAGAGAAUAUAUAUACAAAUGUCUCUCAUAAUUUAUGUAAAGAAGUAUUAUGAAAAUGAAACCUUUUUGGCUUGAUAUAUUUUUUUCAAAUUAGAGCUAUAACUAGUAAGAUUUAACAUUGUUUACAGCAUUUGAAUUUUUGCUCUUUGACUACAACUAAUUUUUAUAAGCAAAUAUUGGGUUUAUAAUAUGAAAAAUAGGGUGUCAGUCUUUUCACAUGCCCAGCAGGUAACAAUGUGGGAAGCUGGCAGGGUCCUUGAUAGCAAGUAAGUACUUCCUGAAGACUUUCCAGUUCAAAAGAUUACAAGCCAUUCUGCCUACCAAACAAAAUAUAUUCUGAAGGAUGCCUGUUCUGUAACCUUUGAUCUAAAUUUUUUGGUGUCUGAAAUUUAAUAGUAAAACACUAAAUGGUUUGGGUUUAUUUUGAAGUAAUCUGUUACUUUAAAAUGUCAACAUUAGGAAGUAAUAAAACAAGAUAUUGUGAAACCCAGUAUUAUAAAUGUUAUCUACAUCUAAAGUAUUCUAAAAUAAAUUAUUGGCAGCUUUAUUUUUUUUCUUUAUAAUAGUUAGAAUUUUUUUGGUUAUAUGUCUAUUUCUUAUUUGUGUUGUAUUUUUGAUUUAAGUGGCCAACGUGGUUAUGAACAGGAUUUGUAUGGUCAGCUUCUGUUCUUUCCUAAAACUUCAGAUAAAUAUCAAGUUAGUUAUACCCUAAAAAAGUGUUUAAAUAAAAUGGCAGAUGUUAAUUUUAAAGCAGUAUAUGCUAAUUUAGUUUUUCAUAUGAUGAUGGUCUAAUGGAAGUUACAUAAGCUUUCUUUUUUUCUAACUCAGAAAAACAUAUGGCAGACGUCUGGAAUAUGUCUUUAGCCAAUAAUUUUAUUCACUUAAAUAUGUUUACGACUUGUAUAAAGCAAAAAAGAAUGUGUGUAACUAUAGUGAACAAUACAGAUUUGCUUAUAUUAUGUGAUGUUUACCAAAAAAAGAAUAAAAGAUGAAUGAAUUAAAUAAA